AUGGCGAUGGACAAACAUGACGAACUACCCGAAGCCAUUCGAAGAGGGAUCGAGUCCCAGGACUUAUCCGACAACUUGCAAGGCCGGGCAAGCGAGCUCGUCAAAGACAAGCCCGUCCUGCCAUGCCUACGAGGCAGGACGAUCCAUGUCAUAUCUGAAAGACCAGAGGCGUGCAGCAUAAACCACGCCGCCAUUCAGGAAAACACCCACGACGUACGGGGCAAUUCCGAAAGGGUCGAGUCAGAAUGUCCCGAGACCGACAAAAUAACUUUCACUGCCGAAGAACGAGAGGGAGUCUUGGUGCCACACCACGAUGCCCUCGUCGUCUCACUUACUGUAGCAAACUGUCUGGUUAAAAGAAUACUGGUGGACAGCGGCAGCUCCAGUAAUAUCAUCUUCCAGACCGCAUACCAAAGUCUAGGGCUGGAGGAGAAAGUCCUAAUACGUAAAACAAUCCCCCUUGUCGGAUUCAGCGGGGAGGUCAAGCAAACAACAGGGGAGGCCGUCCUCCCUAUCCAUGCUGAAGGGGUCAGCCUACCCACUAGGCUCCUGGUCGUCAACUGUCAUUCCUCUUACAACGUGAUCCUAGGCCGAGCGUGGAUUCAUGGAAUGGGGGCAGUUCCCUCGACUCUCCAUCCGAAAAUAAAAUUCCCCACUCCUUGGGGCGUUAGGGCGAUAAGAGGAGAUCAGGAAACCGCCCGCCAUUGCUACCAGGUCGCUCUGAAGAAACAAAUUGAGACCGCACCACCCUCACAAAUCAAGUCCCAAGUUCCGCAUACAGAGGAACCAGAAGUCGAAGAUAUGGAUGACGUGCCACUAGUCGAAGGCGACUCAAAUCGUAACCUCAGGAUCGGCUCCAAGCUCCCCGAGGGAUUAAGAAGAAGACUAGUAGAUUUUCUCAGGUCCAACUCCGAUUGCUUCGCGUGGUCCCACUUGUACAUGCCCGAGAUCGAUCCCGAGAUCAUUAUGCACCAGCUGCAGGUGGAUCCCUCGCACCAACCUAUAAGACAGAAGCGAAGAAAGUUUGCUCCGGAGAGAGACAUUAUAAUCAACGAAGAGGUCAAGAACCUAUUGGAGACGGGAUUCAUCCGAGAAGUGCAAUAUCCAGAGUGGCUAGCCAACGUGGUCGUGGUCAAGAAAAAGAACGGAAAAUGGCGGGUCUGCAUCGACUUCACAGACCUCAACAAGUCAUGUCCAAAGGACCCCUUCCCUCUGCCGCACAUCGAUAAACUUGUCGAUGCUACGGCUGGACACCAGCUAAUGAGCUUCAUGGACACUUUCUCCGGCUACAACCAAAUACUAAUGCACCCCGAAGACCAAGAGAAGACCUCCUUCAUGACGUCUCGAGGGAUCUACUGCUACAAGGUCAUGCCCUUCGGCUUAAAGAACGCUGGAUCAACAUAUCAGAGGCUGGUGAACAUAAUGUUCGCGGAUCAAAUAGGAGAAACUAUGGAGGUCUACAUUGACGAUAUGCUGGUAAAAUCCUUAGAGGCGGAGGACCACAUCUCGCACCUGCAACAGGCCUUUUCUACCCUCCGUAAAUAUAAUAUGACGCUCAACCCAGCUAAGUGCUCGUUCGGCGUCAGCUCCGGAAAAUUCCUAGGGUACAUUGUAACCCACCGGGGUAUCAAAGCUAAUCCAGAACAGAUCAGAGCUAUCCAUUCAAUCCCUUCCCCGAGGAGCAUAAAAGAAGUCCAUAAGCUGACAGGCAGAAUGGCUGCCUUAAUCAGAUUCAUCUCCAGGCUCUCUGACAAGUCCCACGCCUUCUUCGAAACCCUCAAGAAGCCAAAGGAUUUCGAAUGGACCGAGAAGUGCGAGUCGGCUCUCCAGGAGUUCAAGGCUUAUCUUACGACUCCCCCUCUCUUAUCUAAACCCUUUCUCGGCAAAGUCUUACUGCUAUAUCUCGCGGUCUCAGAGCACGCAGUCAGCGCCGUCCUGGUUCGAGAAGAGGGAACCAAGCAACUGCCAAUCUAUUACGUGAGCAAAGCCCUUCUGGACGCGGAAACCUGCUACAGUCAUCUGGAAAAGUUGGCCUUGGCCCUAAUGGUCGCCGCUCGUAAAUUACUGCCUUACUUUCUGGGUCAUCCGGUGGUGGUCGUCACUUCCUUCCCUAUAAAGCGAGUCCUGCAUAAGUCCGAGGUCUCCAGACGACUGGCGAAGUGGGCAGUUGAGCUUGAGGAAUACGACAUAAUCUUCCGGCCCGCUACGGCAAUUAAGUCCCAGGCCCUAGCAGACUUUGUGGCCGAAUUUUCUCCAGCUUUGCUCCCGGCCCUCGAACAGGAGGUACGCCUGCAGAGCGGGGCAAAGGAAGAAGGAGAAUGGAUCCUGCAUGUGGAUGGUUCCAGUAACGUUCGAGGGGCAGGAGUAGGGAUCGUACUCACGUCCCCAAUAGGAAACACAGCCUCGAGAGACGUAAGAUGUAAUUUCAAAGCGACGAACAACGAAAGGGAGUACGAGGCCUUGAUCGCUGGGCUAUCGCUCGCUCACCAGCUGGGUGCGGAGAACAUCCAAGUCUACAGCGACUCCCAACUGAUUAUCAACCAGGCACAGGGAGAAUAUCAGUCUAAAGAUAACAGUAUGAUCCGGUAUCUUGCAGUCGCUCAACGACUCAUCAAGAAGUUCAAAAGCUGCAAGCUUACUCAGAUCCCCAGGGAGCAGAAUUCACAAGCUGAUGCUCUGGCCAACUUAGGGCCCGCCCUCGAGACCCAGACCCAGACGAGCAUCCCCCUGUUACUGCUCCAAUGGCCGGCCACUCUAGUAGAGCCACAAAACGAAGAUAUUUCCGCCAUCGAAGAAGAAGAAACUUGGAUGACUCCCCUUGUCUGGUAUCUAGAGGGCGAUAUACUUCCAGAAGACCGCAACGAGAGCAGGAAAAUCAAGAAGAAGGCCACUAAGUACUGUCUCUCUCAGGGAAAGCUAUACCACAUGUAG